ACGGUUCCCAUGUUGCUAUAGUUAAUCCUGGUGGGGAGCGUGCGGCCCAUUUUAUCAAUCGUAAAGGUUGGUAUAGUAUCAACUGCCAGGGUGUUGUGGACCAUCAACUUCUUUUCACUAACAUUGUUGCCAGAUGGUACGGUUCGGCACAUGACUCGCGGAUAUUUCAAGAAUCACAACUAUUCCGUAAAUUUCAAGCAGGGGAAUACAGAGGCAUUUUGCUAGGGGAUCCGGCCUACACUUGCAGCACGUUCAUGCUUACCCCGGUUCGCAACCCAACAACACCAGAGGAGAACCGUUACAACAAUGCCCAACGACGUACCCGGGGAGUGGUUGAACGAGCAUUCGGGAUUUGGAAAAAGAGAUUUCCCUGCGUCUCCAAGGGAAUGCAUCUGAGGUGUUCAUUGGAUCACAACAUGGCAAUAAUAGUUGCGACCACCUGCUUACAUAAUCUCGCCACACGAAUGAAUGAUCCUGUACCGGAGCCAGAAGCUGACCUUCCUCGACGUGAAAUCGGUGAACCAGAACGACCCAUCAACCCGGCUGAAGUAAAUUUCAGAGGAAACUUAUUCCGACAACGAUUCAUCAUGCAGCAUUUUAAUCAAUAAGACAAGGCUUCGGUCGUCUUCUGUAAUGCUGAACUUGUCGGCUGUCUCGGAGCGACGGCUCUCUGCUGAUGUGUGGCAACGAGUGUCUGCUGACGUGAACUGGUGUGGGUUGUCUGCUCACGGCAGACUGUCGAGGACGGCGACAGCCUUCCACGAGUUGAGGACUUGUUAUUCCCGCUGAAAAAGGAGUGGCAUUUUAACAAAUCAGAAAGUACAGGACUAUCGUGUUCAAAAGAUGAAAUGAAAUUUUUCAUUUUAAUGACUGUUGAAAGGAAAAUUAGGGCAACAAUUUUCAUCCACCAUUUUCAACGAUUCUCUUACCAAACUGACAAUUGAUCCUCGUUGCUUCUCACUUCUUCUAACUCGACAUCUGGUUCGGUGUCAUCAUCGUAUUCAGUGGGCAAAUGAUAUGCACUGUAAAAGAACAUUGGUUAAUCAAGUGCUUGUAAAUUUUCGUAACUUGCUUUGCAGUUCAUUACAUCACGAGAACCAUCCCAGAUAUUUUUGUUUUAUACUGAUGCCACUCUGUAUCUUGUAAUGACAGUAAAAUACACGCACUUCCUGCAACUCAGAAAUGUGUAUUUUUCAUAAUAAUCAUCAGAAGGCAUACUUGCCUCUUAUUUGUAUUUCCGCUUGAACUGGUGCCUGCAGUAACAUCCUCAUCGCGAGUGUCGGUGACCGCUCCAGUUAAAUCAUCGUCGUAAGUGUUCUUAAUCUGCUCCAAAUCUUUUGCUAUAAUGGACAAAAUUGCGACUGUUUCUUCGUCGAGGUCGUCAACUUCCGGUGCUCCACCGCCAGUCUUGGCCAUAUCUAUUUUCUUAUCCCGUGCGACCGUUUUGGUCUUCCCUUUCAUCCUUCUCCAUAAUUCCUUGAGGUCCUUUGCAGAGGCCCUCGCCCUCUCGGGAAAAUUCGCCGCCAUUUGUUUCUCGAUUUCGUCCCACGCCUUCUG